UUUUUUUUCUCUUAUGUUCUCAGUCCUGCCACUGCCACCUGCGCCUGCACCACCACAAUUUGAUGCUCCCCCCAAGCACUUUUUUUCCUGCUCAUCCACAACCUACCAUCUCGUCUUUGCGGCUCAGUCGUCCACUUACACACUGUUGACCUGCCGAAUCUCUACCCGCGCAACUCAGUGCAAUUGUAUCGUCAUUAACCAUCUUUUGGCGGCGAAAAUUACCAAGAGAAAUAACGUAUCCCUAGGUUGAUACGGUUAUCACUCAUUUGUACUAAAGAGAGAGAAAAAAAAUAAGAAAAAAAAAUCACCAAAAAAGAUCAGCAUUUGUCAACGCGCCUUGCCGCGAUCAUCAACAACACCAUCAAUUCAUAGCAGCAGCCACGUCCUCCAGCCACACAUCCAGCCUUACUAUCCAUCAAGCUCAACGAUGCGUCGUUGAUGCGCCCAAGCUUCCUUCGCGUCUCUUCUACGUCGAUACCGAGUUAUUUUUUCGUGGGGAAAUCAAUCGUGUUCUUGGUAAUCCUUAACCGAUCUUAUGGCGUCCGAGAAAGGUCCCGUCGCGACGGAAGCCCCGCCCUUUUCAUCUAAUACCUCCCAACCUACGAUUCCCUCCGAUCCUGUUUCUGUCGAGACCUUAACCGCUGAAGCUACUCGCGCGACCCAGUCGCUUAAAAGACAGCGUGAAUCUUCUCCUAUCUCGCCAUCUUCGGCAUUAUCAGCACUCCACCGCGAACUAUCGCCAAGUAAAGCAGCUAGGCUGAUUGGGUCGUCGAGAUUUUCUCCUACGCCCUUAACUGGAGCUGAGGAGGAACGACGAAGAGAAGAAGAGCAGUUUAAGAUACAAGUUUCUGGCGCAGGCGAUAAUCCUGCUUUAAGGGCCCAAUCUGCAUUAUUAUCUGCAAGUGCUCUCGCCAUGAGCCGGCCUCAGGAAGCUCCCCAGGACGUGGCCCAGGAAUUACCUCAAGAUAUUCCCCAGGAUAUUCCCCAGGAAUCUAAUCAGGAAGCUCCCGAAACUGCUCCUCAGGCUGAAGAUGUGCAGCCUGCGCCUCCUCCCGUUUCUAUACCGCUUCCCGACGCCCAAAAUUCCGAACCAAAGCCUGAUGAUAUAAGUCCUCAAAGCGCGACUAGCUUGGGAAGCUUAGGCGGCGGACCUGGCGCACAUGUGACGACUAGUCCUGGGCCUAUGGAGCUUGACGGACGCCACGACCAUCCGGGCUUUGGAACACAACCACCGGCUCCAAUGGAAGACAAAGGUGUCACUUCGUUAUCGUAUCCCGGUGUCCUUCCCCCGACCAACAUGCCAGCCCCUCCGGCUCGGGGCAUGAGCAUGCCCAUGACACCGAACCAGCAAGGCGGACCACGCUCGCCGAAUUCGAAAAAGCACAAGUGCCCGUAUUGCGAGACGGAGUUUACACGACACCACAAUCUCAAGAGUCAUCUUCUGACUCAUAGUCAAGAAAAGCCGUAUGUUUGUCAAACGUGUUCGAUGCGUUUCCGUCGUUUGCACGAUCUUAAGCGGCACACUAAGUUGCAUACCGGGGAGAAACCGCAUGUUUGUCCAAAGUGCGACCGGAAAUUUGCGCGCGGUGAUGCUUUGGCGCGGCAUAGCAAAGGCCCUGGCGGUUGUGUGGGUCGUCGGAGUAGCUUGGGAAGCUUUCUCGGAGAAGAAGAGGUGGACGGUUCAAGCCAUAUUGGGGGCGAUGAUUCUGCGAUGACUGGUGUCGUAUAUGAUGGUUCCAACGAAGGUGAGUUAACGGAGGAAGAGAGGCGCCGUCUUAGUUUACCCAGCAUAAAAGCUCAGCAUGUUCAAGGGUCUGCUACGGGUCGACUCUAUCCACCCAAUGUGGAUCGUGGCUCCGGAAGUUCGAAUGCGUCCCAGACUCCCGGUACCAGCAUCUCGUCUCUUCCUGUUGGUGCUAGUAACCCAGCCAUGUACGCCCAAAGCGCCAUGACGGAGAGUCCUAAACCCUUAAGUCCCUCUGGCGGACAGGGUCAUGACUCUGCAAAUAUUAACAGACAGCGUUCGCCGAGUCUGACGGCGCAGUUCCAGCAGCAGCAGCAGCAGCACUUCAACCGUCAUCAGUCAGAUCGACACACACCUCCAGUGCCUGGAUUUUCUGCAGUUGAUGCAGCUAGAUACGCGGCCUCGGCGGGAGCUAUACAAAGCUCUACACCUGCUUCUCAGUCUGCGUCUGGGAAUUCGGGCCAGCAGAUGGCCACCGGCUCUGGGGUUUCUCAUCAUGCAACUAAUGGUCCUGGGCAAAAUGCUGGCAGCGGUGAUAGCACAAGCAACAACAUAUUUGCUACCGACCAGGGCAUAUGGGCUUACAUCCACGGACUUGAGGAGCAAGUGAGACAGCUGAACGAACGUGUCCAAGCUAUGGAAGCAACGGGGAGGUCUCAGGAAGAGAAGAUUACGUACCUGACGAACGAGAUGACGGCUCUUCGGGGCGAAGGCGAAAUAAAGGCAGAUGUGGCCGACAAGGGCAGCUGAACUGAUGAUUCUAAUCAAAGAUCAUGGCAUUAUGAAGUGGGAGACACAGCCGAGCGAAAAAGUUUGUUGUGUAUGGCAUGGUGCGUAUGAUGGAUGGAUUUGAGAGCUACGCAAGCUACGCAUCUGAUUCUUUUACGGUCACUGCUUUGGCCGUUUGCCGCGGACGUAGGCCUGUUGUUUUAAGGGAAGGCGUUGAUGGAGUUUUCAAGUUGCCUACGAAAAGCAGGGUUCAUUUUAGCCCAUGGUCUUUUAACGACUUACUUCAGGUCUUUCGCUAUUCUCUAUUUGGUGAUAUCCCUACGGGCUAUUUUCGGACUGGGAAUCAGGUGGACUUGUCGCAGACGUAGUUCUGCAUCGUCCAUCACCGUGUCUAUGUAUUAUUAUAUACUAGUGCAGAUAGAGGCCUCGAGGCAAGGCAAUAAAAAAAGACAAAGCCGUCGCUAUAUUAAUG